UUGUAUAUUUGGCAUCAAUGUGGUCUAUUACCAAUUGAUGGUACCUCAAUAUUAUAUUUCUGACUGUGUCGAUUCUUAUGUUAUAGAUAAUAGAUCUAUGGAAUUUAUUCCCUUUUACAAGAAAUUAGAAAUUGGCACGACGCCUGAUUAUCCAUGCUCAUUAAUUGCUGAUGAAGUAAAAAUUUUAUGUGAAGCUUAUAUAGAUUAUGUUGAUAAUGUUUCAAAUUACUACCACGGCUUACUUAAAGCAAUUAGUGACGUAGGGAAUAAUUUUAUGGGUAUGGUCCUAGAUCUUACACCUAAUCCAGACACUAAAGAUGCUAAAUCAGGUUUAGAUAUAGAUGGAAUUCUUGAUAUAGUUGAGGCACUUCUUCAUAUACCUGAAGGGCCUGGCCAAACAGCUAUAGAGGGAUUUAAAUCUUAUCGUAAUGAUCCAUCGGAACGUUCGUCUCUUCUAUUACCUCUCGAUUAUUCCACAUUUGCUUCCAUUUUUGCUAAUUUUACAGACUCUAUUACAAAUCCUUUUAUUGAUGCAUUAAAGAAAACUGAUUCUAUGGUUGACGAAAAAUAUUCCUUAUUA